AUGCUACCCUCCGAGAGCGUCGUUGCGAGCGCUUUCUCCCACCAUCCGCUGCGUCGGGCUGAAGAACAGUCGGCUGCUCCGGCACCGAAACAAAGGAACCCUUUCCCCGCAUGGAGUGUGAUUGAUGACCCCAAGAAAUCGGCACAGUCUUUGGCAAAGGAAGCAACUCGCGAGUUCAAUGUCGCCAGCCAAAAAGUGCAAGCUAAGACAGGGCAUAUUGAACCGUGGACUCCCAAAUACUAUGCGGCUUGUACUGUCGGUGGACUGCUUGCUUGCGGCCUGACUCAUACAGCAGUAACGCCGCUGGACUUGAUCAAAUGUCGGCGGCAAGUCGACCCGCUGCUUUACAAGAGCAAUGGGGAGGCAUUCCGCAGAAUCCGUGGCGCCGAAGGCCUGAGAGGGGUCUUUACUGGAUGGAGUCCUACCUUCUUCGGUUACAGCGCGCAAGGAGCGUUCAAAUACGGUGGUUACGAGUAUUUCAAGAAGUUCUACAGCGACUUGGUCGGUGCCGAAAACGCCAACCGCUGGAAGACCUCCUUGUACCUGGCAGCUAGCGCCUCAGCCGAGCUCAUCGCCGAUGUGGCCCUCUGUCCUUUCGAAGCCGUCAAGGUGCGCACGCAGACCACGAUCCCGCCAGAAUUCAGGUCGACCUUUGGCGGUAUCACCAGCAUUGUCUCGAAGGAGGGCGUUGCAGGUCUCUACAAGGGUCUGUACCCUCUCUGGGGUCGUCAGAUUCCAUACACUAUGAUGAAGUUCGCUUCUUUUGAAACCAUUGUGGAGAUGAUCUACCGUUACCUGCCUGGUCAGAAAUCCGACUACAACAAGGGAGCCCAAACAGGUGUUGCUUUCAUUGGUGGUUAUUUGGCCGGUAUUCUCUGCGCCAUUGUAUCCCACCCUGCCGACGUGAUGGUGAGUAAGUUGAAUGCAAAUCGCCAGGCGGGUGAGGCUUUUGGUGCAGCCACCAGUCGGAUCUACAAGGACAUUGGGUUCAAGGGCUUGUGGAACGGUCUUCCCGUCCGAAUUGUUAUGAUCGGAACUUUGACCGGACUGCAAUGGAUGAUAUACGAUUCAUUCAAGAUCUUCAUGGGUCUUCCGACCACCGGUGGAGGUCCUGCUCCUGAAAAGAAGUAA